CCCUUGUAGAAACCAAUAAAAUAACAUAUAUAUAUAUAUAACCUAUAAAAAAAAGAUUUGUUUUUUGAGAGAUGGGUAUUGCGGAUUUUGCUUUGUUUGGGGUAUUGAUGAGUGCCCUUAUUGUGGAUGCCACUAGGAGCAUGCCAUUUGCUUACCGAAACCGGUUCCGAAGGCAAUGCAGUCAAACACUGUACCCUUCUCUUUGUGUCCAAAGCUUACAAGAGUUCGGUUAUGGCGCACGAGGUUUUGAGCUUGUGUCUCUUAUCGUCAACAAGACCAUUUCCGAUUCCGAGAAGCUCACUCUCUCCUCCCAGCUCGUGUCUCUCGAAGAUUCAGAGUAUACGUCUUUGCUUUCUGUCUCGGAUUCAUGUGGACGGUUCAUGAAGAUGUCGACGAAACGGCUGAACCAAGCCAUGGAAGCUCUCAAUGAGUUGCCAUCGUCAAGAAAGCGAAGGCGAAGCAUCAAAGAUGACGUCACCACAUGGCUCUCCGCCGCCAUGACUUUCCAACAAGCAUGCAAGGACUCAGCCUCCUCCGGCGAUAUAUCCGGCGAAGCCUCCGCCGCGAUGAUCAGCCGCAUAGCCCAGAUGAUGGAUCACCUCUCCCGCCACGUCAGCAACUCCUUGGCCCUCGUCGACAGGGUCAAGGUAAAGUCAAGGAAGAGGUCAAAGUCAACGGUUUUUCCUCGGUGGGUCUCCACCGGAGAGAGGAGGCUUCUCGGGGCCCCCACAUCGAGGGGUAGGGUCCAUGCGGUGGUGGCCAAAGAUGGUUCCGGGGACUUCCGUACUGUGGCGGACGCCAUUGCGGCGGCUCCAAGAGAGGGCAGAAUCGUAAUUUACGUGAAAGCAGGUAUCUAUAAGGAGAAGGUAAACAUCGAGAGAGAUGACGUCACGUUGAUCGGAGAUGGAAAAGAUCGGACGGUCUUCGUCGGCGGCGAUAGCGUCGCCGGGGGAGCUUCCAUGCCAGAUUCCGCCACUUUCACUGUUACCGGAGAUGGAUUCAUCGGACGGGACAUUGGAUUCAAGAACACGGCCGGUCCAAUGGGACAACAAGCCAUAGCCCUAAGCAUUGCCUCGGACCGGUCAGUGUUAUACAGAUGCAGCAUUUCCGGUUAUCAAGACACACUCUACACUGUUGCUUUAAGACAGUUCUACAGAGAAUGCGAUAUUUACGGCACCGUAGAUUUUAUAUUCGGAAACGCAGCCGCGAUUUUCCAGCACUGCAAUUUAAUCCUAGGUCGCCCGUACGAUACAAGAGCCUACAAUGUGAUAAUGGCAAAUGGAAGAACCGAUCCGAAACAAAACACCGGAUUCUCUCUACAGAACUGCAAAAUCACAACGGAUUCGCAGUUUUCUCCCGUGAAAAGAAGGUAUAGCUCGUAUUUGGGGAGACCGUGGAAAGCGUAUUCGAGAUGUAUAGUGAUGGAAACGUAUAUAGAUGAGGCGAUUUCGGGGGAAGGAUGGGUGAAAUGGCUGAAUUCGGGGAGCGAUGAUGAAGGGACGUUGUAUUUUGGAGAGUACAAGAACUAUGGAGGAGGAGCGGGGCUCUCCGAGAGGGUGAAGUGGAGAGGCUUUCAUGUUAUGAGGUUUGAAGAUGCCAUGGAGUUCAGCGUUGGUGAGUUCAUUGACGGAGAUUCUUGGCUGCCCAAUACCGGGAUUAGUUUCACUCCUCGGAUUUAGCCAAAUAAAAAACGUUUUAUUAUAAACUCCUAAUACGUUUAGAAAAGUAAAGGGGAAAUUUGUGAUGCUUUAUUCACUUUGUACGCUUCCAUAUAUAUACAGAGCAAGAGAUAAGAAUGAAAUCUUAUCUUACAACAGAAAAAUA